CUCCGGCACAGAUGGUCGGGGAGGAGCCUGGGGCCCCCGGACCGGCCCAGGCCUCUAACCGGAUGCGAGCGAGCACCGCUCCGUACCCGGGCCAUCCUCGGAGAUGCCAAAAACCGGGAGGGGACGGCUCCGAGGCCCCGGCCGCCCCCUCUCCUCCGCGACACUUUCCCUCCCCGUCUGCCUGUCGGACGUUUUUAUAAGAUUGAAAUAAAGGCGAAAUGCAGCACCAGGCGUCGGGCAGAGGGUCUCGCCAGCGGCCCCUCAUCCUCACCCUUCGAGCUCCUCCCGGACAUGCUGGGCCCCGAGGGCCGUGACUUCGCCCCGGCGCAGCCGCGGCAUUCCCUCCCCUCGCCGGUAGGGGGCGCGGGGAGCCCGCGAAGAACUACAACUCCCGUCAUGCCUCGGGGCCGGCGGGGGCCCUCGCGCCCGGAGGCGCCGCGGUCCCCGCCGGGGCUUGUAGUUUCUAGCUCCGGCCCGGGCUUCGCCACCUGCUUGGGGUUCGGUACCUGUCCGCGCCUUGGGCGGGCGUCACGCCCCUCCGCUCCCCCCAGCCCAUUGAGGUCCCACGUGCCGCCCCCGGCCUGGCUGUCGUUGCUCACGUGGACCCCGCCACGCAGGUCGGGGUCCUCCGGUGCCGGCCGGGGCCCUCGCGGCCGGCGGGCUGCCCCGGAGAGCGCCUGCUCGGGAGCUCCCCGGGGAGCGACCUCAGGGGCCCGGCUGGGGGAGGCCCGAAGGGGAAGGUUAAGAGCGGCCUUCCCCCGGGUCCUUCCGGUCGCCCUUCCGGCUUCGAGGGACCCGUCGGGGGCCGCGAGGCGGGUCAGGCGUCCGCCGGGGCGGCCCGUCUCCGGAAAGAGCCGAAGCGCCGAGGAGCGCGGCGGGACCCGAGCUGGGGAGGGGAGGGGGGGACUCUGCUGCCCCCCGCUGGUCGGGCCACGGCGGUGCCCGCUGCGGCCGAGACCCCCUUCCCCCGCCGCGACGACCAUGGCGACCGUGGCCGGCUGGGCUUGGGGCUGGCUGGCCCUGCUCCUCGGGGUGCUGGCGGCCGACGCUCGGGCCCGGAGGAGCCAAGAUCUGCGCUGCGGAGCCUGCAGGGCCCUGGUGGACGAACUGGAGUGGGAGAUCUCUCGUGUGGACCCCAAGAAGACCAUCCAGAUGGGCUCCUUUCGCAUUAACCCGGAUGGCAGCCAGUCAGUGGUGGAGGUGCCCUACGCCCGCUCGGAGGCCCACCUGACGGAGCUGCUGGAGCGGGUGUGCGAGCAGAUGAAGGAGUACGGGGAGCAGCCGGACCCUGGCGGCCAGCGCAAGAACUAUGUGCGGGUGGCGGCCCGCCCGGGCCCCGGCCCCGACCCAGGCCCCCAGCUGGAAGGGGUGCGGCUCGAUGGGGACAUCACCUCUAGCCUCAAGUUUGCGUGCGAGAGCAUUGUGGAGGAGUUUGAGGACGAGCUCAUUGAGUUCUUCUCCCACGAGGCGGAAAACGUGAAGGACCGACUCUGUAGCAAACGGACUGACCUGUGUGACCAUGCCCUGCACAUACCUCACGAUGAGCUCUGAUCAAGCAGGGCCGCUCCCCGACCCCCUCACCCCCGUGGAGAGUACCGACCGGACCCUUCUCCCCUUCCCCCACGUGGAUGCGGAGGGGGCUGUGGCGCAUUUUGUACCAUGUUUUUACCAAAAUAAAGCAAAAUUCCCAAA